AUGGCUUCUCAAACCUUGCAUGACACGAAGAAAUCACAAGCUAGGCGAGCCCUACGUUCCCUAGCAAUAGGCAUCGCAGUUCCAUUCACCCUCACAUUGACCAUAAUCAUCCUUUUUGGUUCAGGACGAAAGUACAAUAACAUAUCAAAGCCCUUUUGGUUCGCACCACUAUGGUUCAUUCACUUGGCUUUAUUGGGUUCAUCUUUCUUCAUGGGUCUUGCAGCAUGGCUAGUGUGGGCUGAUGGUGGGUUCCAAAGGGAAACCGAUGCACUGUCUCUUUACAUAGCUCAUGUCUCUCUAAGCAUUGUGUGGCACCCUCUUGUCCUCAUUAUGGGUGUUUAUUGGCUUGCUUUGAUUUCUUGCCUCUUGAACUUUGGGACCCUCUUUAUGUGUUAUCUCAGGUUUAGACAGGUGAACCCUUUUGCCAAAGAUCUAGCCAAACCUUGUUUGGCUUUGGCUAUGUAUCUUUCUCUUGUUAGUUUCAAGCUAAUGUUUAUUUGA